UGGCUUGGGCCUGGCGGUAACCUUGGGAGUCUCGCCGCCGCCGCCGCUGCCGUCACGGCAGUGUGUGCCUUGCAAGUCCUAUCCUCGGUCCAGGCCAGGCUCGUUAGCUGCCAGGAGCUGCCGAGGUUACAAGGAGGCUGCUCAGGACCGAAGGGAGCAGGAACUGCGGGUUCGAGGCCGCCUAGCCGACAUGUCUCUGGUGGCGGAAGCUUUCGUCUCCCAGAUCGCAGGCUUUUUUGCAAAUGUGUAAUCUGCCUAUCAAAGUGGUUUGUAGGUCAAAUGCAGAAUACAUGUCUCCAUCUGGUAAAGUUCCUUUUAUUCAUGUGGGAAAUCAAGUAGUAUCAGAACUUGGUCCAAUAGUCCAAUUCGUUAAAGCUAAGGGCCAUUCGCUUAGUGAUGGGCUGGAUGAAGUCCAAAAAGCAGAAAUGAAAGCCUACAUGGAAUUAGUCAACAAUAUGCUGCUGACUGCAGAGUUGUAUCUUCAGUGGUGCGAUGAAGCUACAGUAGGGGAGAUUACUUAUGCUAGGUAUGGAUCCCCUUACCCUUGGCCUCUGAAUCACAUUUUGGCCUAUCAGAAACAGUGGAAAGUCAAACGUAAGAUGAAAGCUAUUGGAUGGGGUAACAAGACUCUGGACCAGGUCUUAGAAGAUGUAGACCAGUGCUGUCAAGCUCUUUCUCAAAGACUGGGAACACAACCAUAUUUCUUCAAUAAGCAGCCUACUGAACUAGAUGCAUUGGUAUUUGGGCAUUUGUACACCAUUCUUACCACGCAAUUGACUAAUGAUGAACUUUCUGAGAAGGUGAAAAACUAUAGCAAUCUUCUUGCUUUCUGUAGAAGAAUUGAACAUCAUUAUUUUGAAGAUCAUGGUAGCUCAUCUGUCAGGUUGUCUUAGAGUUACUUGUUAAUUUAGUUAUUAUUAAAAAAAAAUCUAACUUUUAAAAUAUAUCUUACUUGAAUGUUAUAAUAGAUAAUGGUAUCAGAGUUCUAAAACCAAAAACACUGCUUUGGAAACCUCAAAACAAAUUAUAUAAUGUAUCCUUUACAUGUGCUUUCUACUGGUCUUUCUGUACACAUUAAAGUAAUUCUGAAUUAUUCCAUUUGAUAUAUUGUACUCUGUCUUGAAAUUUUUUUCCUUGAAACAUGUAUGCAUAUAAAAAAAGUUUAAGUAACUGUAUGGAUGUUAUAUUUACUUUCUUUUGAAAAUCACUCACUGAGCUUUACACAUGUGGAAUAAAGUGUUUUUUCAAAAGCGAAUGACUUGUGUUAUAUAUUCCAAGAUUAUUUUGCUAGAUACAUAAUCUUGGGAAAAAUAUUCUUAACAAGUAUGCGCUUAGAAAAUGUGAAUGUUUACAUGGCUGUUAAUUCCUGUAACAGAUUAACAUUUGAAAGCAUUCUUCAUAUAGAAAUGUAAUUGGCUUAAAACAUUUCAUCAGAGCAGCUAUAAUUUACAUUUAAUAAAGGGAUAGAUUCAGAGAUCUUUUUUUUUGACACAAGUUAUUUUAAUAAUGCCAUUUUAUUUCUUUUGCAGGAUAGGGAGGAUAGUUUUCAAAGAAAUACCAAUGGGAAUUUCUGUAUAUAAGCACUGAUGAUUAUAUUUUGUAUUCUUCUCAGAUUUUCUAAUGUUUUCUUAUAAAACCAAGGAUGCUAAAGUCAGAUGUAAAAAUCA